UUUUAUGUUUUUAUAUCUGCUGCAGUAAUUCAAAGAGUUCUAUUUCAUGAUAUCUAUGAAAUAAUUUUUAAGGUUUUAGAAAAACUGACCCCAAUGGAAUUUAUUGAGCUUAUAUUGAUUAAUAAAUUAGACGGUGUGAUACUAAAAUACCCACAUCACGACAAUGUAGACGGCACAGUAUGUAUUACUGGACAUCAUUUGAUUCUAAGCUCAAGAAAAGAAGGCGUUCGUGAAUUAUGGCUUUUACAUAAAAAUAUAGACAGUAUAGAGAAAAAAGAAAACAAGCCAAUAAAUGGUAUGUCACAAGGUGGAUCUCUUUUCCUGAAAUGCAAGGAUUUGAGAAUAUUCCAAUUGGACAUAGGCACUACUACAGAGUUAAAUCUUGUUGCACAGACAUUAGAAAAUUUAUCAAAUAUUCAAGAUCCCAGUCUAUUCUAUCCAUUCUUCUAUAGACAUAUGCAUCCUAUUGUAGAAAAUGGCUACACAUUGUACAGUAUUGAAGGUGAAUUCACAAAGGUGUUGGCAAGUGAAGAAUGGAGAGUGUCCCGUGUUAACCAGAAUUACACAGUGUGUCCGGGAUAUCCUAAAGCUGUAGUGGUGCCCAAAUCCAUUGAUGAUGAGACAUUAGCAGCUGCUGCAUCAUUCCGUCAGGGCGGUCGAUUUCCUGUCCUAUCUUAUAGACAUAACAAUGGUGCAGUGCUAUUACGCGCCGGUCAACCGUUGUCAGGGCCGAAACACAGGCGAUGUCGACCCGAUGAAGCCAUAUUGAAUUCUGUAGUCAAUGUUGGUAUGAAGGGGAUCAUAUAUGACUUAAGAAGUUCCAAUGCUAUCUCCCAGCAGCAGAAUAAAGGCGGAGGAUCUGAGAGUGCCGCUAAUUACUCUCAAUGGAAAAUAUACAACAGGUCAAUGGAUGAUGUUGACAAUCAACAGCAGCUGCUGGAGAGUUUCUCCAAACUUAUUGAAGCGUGCGUGGACAAGGAGAUAUCCAGUGACAAGUGGAUAUCGCGGCUGGAGUGGUGCGGCUGGCCCGAGGCGGUGCGCAACGCGCUGCACACCGCCUGCAUCGUCGCACAGCAUCUGCACCAGAAAGCUGAGCCGGUGCUGGUCCACGGCACCCGCGGCGAGGACGCCACGCUGCUGGUCUGCUCGCUGGUGCAGAUCAUACUCAACCUAGUCUGUAACAUAUCAAACUGCGCAGGCACGUUCCUGUGUGACAGCGAGCAGGAGCGCGCGGGCUGCGGCGUGUACGCGCAGACCACCAGCGUGUGGUCGUGGCUGAACCGGCCCGAGGAGCUGGCGGGCUACAUCAACCCACUCUAUGAGCCCACGCACAACGUCAUCUGGCCAUCCGUCGCACCUAUGAGCUUCGUUAUAUGGGAAGAGCUCUACUUACGCUGGUUGACACCUCAAGGUACGGAGGAGCGUGAAGAGCAGUACAGAGCGAUAAGGUCGCGGGAGCAGCAGCUCAGGGCGCAGGCGCAGCUGAUGCGGCGGGAACUGUUCGACCUGGCGCAGCAGUACUACAGCACUGAGAAGGUUGGUAACUGAUGACGUCACAACACUAGCGACCCGCAACAAAAAGUGAAACUAUAUACAGAUGGAAAUGUAUAUCAUAACAUCGUUUUCGGUGUACAAUCAGGGCCUUUAACAGUGUUUCAUUAUAGGAAUAGUUCCUUGUAAUGGGUCAAAUUCACCCUCUUACAAAAAACUAUUACUCAAUGAAAAGCAACUAACAGCGUACCACAUUUAAAGCUGCCUCAUAUUGUACCAAUGCGAGCAUUUGUCUAUUGUUCAAAUGAUUGUUCAAAGUGGGACACUGACAGAUUGCCCAAUAGUAUAUGACACCGGGCCGGACAAGUUUGCUGCACUAUAUUUCUCUAGAGUCGUAUAUACCAGAGUAAUGUCUUUAAGGCAAAUCAUAUUUUUCGCCUCUCUAGUAUUAUAUCCAGUUGUAUCCAUCUCUAGUGAUAUACAGAGAGCUCUCUGUAUUAUUUAGUCGGGUUAUAAAGAUGAGUUUUCUUUAGUCGUGUUAUGCGUUUCGAAAUAAAUAUUUUACUGCCAUAAUAAUUCAAUUUACUAAACUCUCUCUCUUACUAAGCUAAGGAAUUAUAUAAAUUUCAUAAGAUUUAUACAAUAAACUAUUACACUGACAUUUAUAAAAGAAAUGAAUAAAGAAUUUAUUUAUCUUUGAUCUGAAUUAAAGGCCAUACACAUAUAACUAAUAAGACAUUUAGAGCCUGUCCCACCAAAUUGUAAAUUGUCUGAUAACAAACCAAUGUGUAAAAUAUAUGACUGAAAUAUCAGAUU